AUGGAGAAUGUUGAUCAACUCCCUGUUUGGAAAUAUGAUCAUGCAAUGCAAGAUUAUGAUCCAAUUCUACCUCCUUUUCCAUCUUCAUAUGAUAAUCAUAAUAAUUAUCUUUACAGAGGCAACUCAAGUGAUGAUUAUAUUUCAAAAGAUUGGUUGUCACAUUAUGGAUUUCCCAUGCAUGAUACCCAUUUUGAUGCUAUCCCUGUCAAGGAAUAUUGUCAUCCUGAAUACCAAUAUGAGACUUUUCCUAAUGAAAUAUCAACACAAAUAAGCAUACAAGACUAUGGUUUUUGUGAUGCUAAAAAUGAGGUUUCAACGUGGAGUGAAUUUGAUGCUGGGUUUAUUUCCGAGAAAAAUAUGUUUUCUAUUGGCAACAAUAUUGGAGAAAAGAAUGCAAUGGAAAAUGUGAAGGGUAAACGAUGUAGAGAAGAGAAUACUAAUAGUGCAAGAAUGUUAACUAGGAAGAAUAUUUCUGAGUUCUUCUACAUGCCGAUAUCUCAAGCUGCAAGACAACUCAAUGUUGGACUUACACAUUUGAAGAAAAGGUGUAGGGAUCUUGGAAUUCAAAGGUGGCCACAUAGGAAACUAAUGAGUCUUCAAACCCUAAUUAAGAAUGUUCAAGAGCAGGGUAAUGAAAAUGAUGAAAAAAUAAGGAAUGCAGUGGAAAUAUUGCAGAAAGAAAUGAAGAAGGUGGAGGAAAAACCAGAUUUGCAACUUGAAGAAAACACAAAAAGGCUUAGACAAGCAUGUUUCAAGGCUAAUUACAAGAAGAGAAGAUUAAUGGUCAUGAGAUUAAUGGAUCAGCAGCAUUCUUCUUUAAGUGAGAGUGAAAGUGUUAAUAAUUACAAAAUGGAAUAG